AUGACCCGCUGCUCGGCGGAUCCCAGCGUUGACCUGGCUUUUGCUGCCUGCGCCUGGUCAGGAACCGCUGCAGCUGAGCUGCAGGUGAUCCAGCCUGACAGGGCGGUGUCUGUCGCCGCUGGAGAGACGGCCAUGCUGCGCUGCACUGUGACCUCCCUGCUCCCUGUGGGGCCCAUCCAGUGGUUCAGGGGGAAAGGACCAAGACAGGAGCUGAUCUUCCAUUUCAAAGAACCCCACAACCCACGCGUCACACCAGUUUCAGAUCCCACACAGAGAGACAACAUGGACUUUUCCAUCCGAAUCAGGAACGUCACCCCAGCAGAUGCGGGCACCUACUACUGCGUGAAGUUCCAGAAGACAGCCACUGAGGGGGACAAGGAGUUUAAGUCUGGACCAGGCACUGAGCUGUCUGUGAGUGCCAGACCUUCUCUUCCCGUGGUUUCCGGCCCUGCAGCCAGGGCCACACCUGGACAGACAGUGAGCUUCACCUGCAAGUCCCAUGGCUUCUCCCCUCGGAACAUCACCCUGAAGUGGUUCAAAAAUGGGAACCAGCUCCCUGACUCCCAGACCAGCCUGGACCCCAAGGGAGAGAGUGUCUCCUACAACAUCUCCAGCACAGCCAAGGUGGUGCUGACCCCUGGGGACGUCCGCUCUCAGGUCAUCUGUGAGGUGGCCCAUGCCACUUUGUCCGGGAGCCCUCUCCGUGGGACUGCCAACUUGUCUGACGCCAUUCGAGUGCCGCCCACCUUGGAGGUCAGCCAGCAGCCCAUGAUGGCAGGGAACCAGGUGAAUGUCACGUGCCUGGCGUCCAAGUUCUACCCUUCAAGCCUCCAGGUGACCUGGAUGGAGAAUGGAAACCUAUCGCGGACAGACACCAGCUGGGCCCGCACCGAGAACAAGGAUGGGACUUACAACCAGACGAGCUGGCUGCUGGUGAACGUCUCUGCUCACAGGGAGAACGUGGUGCUCACCUGCCAGGUGGAGCACGAGGGCCAGCCCGCCAUCACUGCCAACCUCACCCUGGAGGCCUCUGCCCAGCAAAAGGAGCAGGGCGCAGAAACAACCCCUGAUGGCACAAAUAGCUGGAAUAUCUUCAUCGUGGUGGGUGUGGUGUGUGCCCUGUUGGUGGUCCUGCUGAUGGCAGUCCUCUACCUCCUCCGAAUCAAACAGAAGAAAGCCAAGGGCUCUACUUCUUCCACGAGGUUGCAUGAGCCAGAGAAGAAUGCCAGAGAAAUAACCCAGAUCCAGGACACCAAUGACAUCAAUGAUAUCACUUAUGCGGACCUGAACCUGCCCAAGGAGAAGAAGCCGGCCCCCCGGGCUGCUGAGCCAAACAAUCACACAGAGUAUGCCAGCAUUCAGAGCGGCCCCCCGCCCAAGUCGGAGGACACCCUCACCUACGCAGACCUGGACAUGGUCCACCUCAACCGGGCCCCCAAACCGCCAGCCCCCAAGCCCGAGCCGUCCUUCUCAGAGUAUGCUAGUGUCCAGGUCCAGAGGAAGUGAACAAGAUGCCCGUCGGCUCUAGGGUCUGGCCCCACAAGCUUUCUUGUGCCCCACAUGGAGCGGCCAUGAUGAGGACAGCCAGCCCCAUUUCCAGAAGGCCCUAGGACCAGGAAUGGGGAUGGUUCUUAUCUGCCUGUCCAUCUACCCCCCUUGGCUCUCCAGCAUUUCCAGCUCAUGCCUCCUCCAUCUUGGCCCCACCUCUGAAGGAGGAGAUCAUCCAACCAGCCGAGGACCUGGCCAGCACUUCUCGAGAGUCCAAGGACUGUCCUGCCUCUGUCCACCUCCAGCACAGGUCUGGGUCGUGGUUGUCGAGAGACCCCAGGGCUACCUCCUUUGAUGUUCCAUGAGCCUGAUCUUCCAGGUGAGGAGGGAAGAUGAUCUCACUUCCUGCCCACCACCUUCACCCAACUGGGGGCUUUGGGAACAUUGCCCUUUAGAUCAAACUGUCCCAUCCAUGGAGAAGCUGGAAAAAAAGACCCUUAAGACCUGCAAUCGGAGACCUGGUGAGGUUGCUAUUAACAACCCUGGUGUACCCCCCCCCUUCCCUGGGCUGAUGAGCCACAAGCUCUGGAGGAGGCGGGGGACUCGCUCUUGUUCCUCGGGGCCAGCAGUGACUCCUGGGACAACCAUCAAACCCAUCUGGGGUGCUCCCGCAUCUCCUUUCUAGACCCGAGCUUGCUUCCUCCAGCUAGCACUAACAGCAGCACGCUGUGGACGCCUGUAAAUUAUUGAGAAAUGUGAACUGUGCAAUCUUGAAGCCAAGGUGUUAGAAAACUUGAUCUGUGGUGUUAUGUUUUGGGUUUUUUUUUUAAAUUUCUUGGUUUUUUUUUUUUUUUGGUUUUUGUUUUUGUUUUUUUCUCCCCUUAAAACAACAACUUGGUUAUCUUGGCUCUUUGUCAUGUGUUGAAGUUCCUGGUUGGGUCUUGUGCAGUCUGAGAUUUAACAGUUUCUUACCUUGGAGGGGAUUUCCUACCGAAACUGAGUCCGGGUUCUUCUAGGACAAGAAGGAGGAUCUCUCUGGGGCAGCUCCAUGGAGGGGCUCUGCCAUCUCUCUGGGACUAACUUGGCCUUGUUCUGGGCUGAGCCACGGGGCUAGUCUUGCUCCCUUCUAAGGUCAGCAGGCCUCACCAUGCUAAGUGCAUUUCUUCAGCUCCCUCUGCUCUUUUCCCCAAGAGGAGAGGGGAGGGAAAUCCUGAUGUCCCUGGCCACUGUCUCUCAAGCACUUUAGGGACAGGCGGAGGGGAGGGGUACUGAGCUGGCAUCUGCCCAACUCCUUGAGCAAGAACACCCCUUUUCCCUCUGAGCUGACCCCCCCCUCCCCAGGAAGAUGCUUCCUUUGUGUGUGUGUGUGCUCCCAAGCUCCAUGGGAAUUAAACUGGAACCCAUGCUGGCCACAGCCAAGAUAGCCCAGUGGUGGGCCAGAACGUAUCCCCCGCUGUCCCUCUGUCUCAGGAAGGUUGGGCAGAGGCUGUGACCCAGUUACCCUCUGACCCCUUCCUCAUCCUUCCAGCUGAGCCUCAUGGGGUGCAGGCAAGCAAGCAUUGCAACCCUGCUCAUUCAGCCUCCAUGGAGAACUCUUAGAAUUCAGACACUGAUGCUGCUGGAAGCCAGAGGAACUCCUGGCUUGAGCCUUCCAAGCGAAAAGCUGAGCCAUCCUGUCUGUUUUCUGCAGGUGUAAUGGGGGCAGAGGCCGGGGUGGGGGGGAACCCCAAGAGUUCAACAGGACAGCUGUCUAGGAUGGGUCACUUGGUGUUUUACAGGGUGGCAUCCAGGAAUGGGCUGAGUCCACAGGCCAUGUGGAUAACACUAGCUGACAAGCCUGAGCUCCCAUACAUCUGAGCCACAGUGGCUCAGCCACUGCUUGGGCUGGUUCCCCAAUUCCAAAGUGUUGGUUUGUAAACCUCCUUCCUCCUCUUCGGCCCAGACAGCACAUGCAUGUUUGGAGACACACACACACACACACACACACACACACACACGAUUUUAAAAGGACGUUUCCUUGGUGCCAUUUUCAUUUCAUUUUCUUUUGCUCUUUGGAGGGGGAUAUAAGGGAAUGUGGCUAGCUCUAGCUUCAGCCAGGCAGCCUGGAGGAUCCCCACAUCUCUGUCUUAUGGAACCCCAGAGGAAAAGGAAGAGGUUGAAACAACCCUGCGGAAGGAGGGUGGUUUCAGGAGUUUAUUUUCAGACUGUUGGGAAGGAAAUAGGCCCCAUUUUUGUAUAUAGUUGCAACUUAAAACUUUUUGGCUUGCAAAAUAUUUUUGUAAUAAAGAUUUCUGGGUUAACUGAU